AUGGUCGAUGCAAAACGCGGUGAAUAUCAUAGAUCACCUCUAGCCGGCAAACACAUCCGCAACGAGAACUUGAAUACUAACAAAGUUGGAUGGUGGAUCUUGCUCCUGAUCCUGCAACCACAUUUUGGAAUGUCAUUAUCUCAUCAUAUCAUAUAG